CGGGACCGAUUCAAAUCAGCUCAUUCCACAAAUUCAGGAUUGUUCUUUGGAAAGAACAGUUCCCCAUCAAAUAUGCUCGUCAGCUUUGUCUUUGCAAUCUAAGCAGAUGAUGAUGAUGAUGAUGAUGAUGAUGCGCGUAGCGUAGCUGGUGCGGUGCAUAUCUGGCAUCGCUUCAGUCGCGACCUCUUCGAGUUUAGCUCGUAAUCGUUCACUCGAGCUCGUUCGCAGUGGAACCGGACGCAGUUCUGGAUGAAUCUCGUGGGCGAAGCCGUGUAUGGUGCUUGCGAGCAUCAGCCACGUGAGCCGGAUUUGUUGGAGUGUCGGUUGGUCCUAGAGUGAGGGAGGUGCCUUUGUGUCAUUUUGUAUGUCGAAGUGCACAGUAUGAAUCUUCAUCAAGCAGAGAGCUUUGUGUCAGUAUAAGUCUCUGAAGGUCCGCAGACAUGACAACAGAUUGUGUCUUUAGAACUCAAGCUUGACAGGCCGUACUGAAUAGAAUUACCGACAGAGGUGGCUUUAUUCGAUCACACAGUUUAGAAUUUCUUUGCUUCUUAUGUAGAUCCAGUGGGAACAACACUUCAGAGUUCACCAGUCAUUGAACUCUGAAGUUAUUCACCUCGAUUCAGUAUAGCUGUAACUCAGCGUCGAGUGGUAAACAAUUGUUUGAUUGUAAAGGGUGGAAAGAAGGGCCACUGAGGACUUGGGCCAUUGAGGACUUGGGCCAUCGACUGCAGCGAUUUCGAGAUUUCUGAAUCACUGCAUUGUCAAUUCGCGGUGACCUUAUAAAUAUUUCGGUGGAACAUCUGGAAGACAGCUUGGCUCCACCAAAAUGCGUAUAUUAUGGCUCGCGGCAGUCCUGAUUGCCGUCGUAGCAACAGCAACCGAAGCUCAGCUCACAAGUGAUUUUUAUGCCACUACUUGUCCAACAGCUGUUAAGACCGUCGCUGACCUUGUCGGGGCAAAAAUCCGAAAGGACGGGACAGUAGCAGCAGGCUUGCUCCGGCUGCAAUUCCAUGACUGCUUCGUUCGAGGCUGCGAUGCGUCGUUGCUUCUUGAUUCAACAUCAAGCCCUCCUAAUGUGGCUGAGAAGGAAGGCAUACCGAACAUUAAUUCUGUAAGAGGAUAUGAAAUCAUCGAUGAAGCCAAGGCGAUAAUUGAAGCUGCGUGCCCUGGAGUCGUCUCAUGCGCUGACAUUAUUGCUUUAGCAUCUCGAUAUGCAGUCAAUGCGAUUGGUGGGCCUGGGUGGAAUGUCCCUCUGGGACGCAGAGAUGGAGUUGUAUCUCUGGCCAGUGAAACUCUAUUAAAUCUACCACCACCUGACGCCACUUACGCGCAACUAGUGAGCAUGUUCAAAACGAAGGGAUUGACGGAGCGAGAGAUGGUUAUCUUAUCAGGUGGACACACGAUUGGGAAAGUUCGGUGCUUAUUCUUCCUGAAUAGAUUAUACAACUUUCCUGGAUCAGCAGACGGUGUGGAUCCUACCUUCAACGCCACUUAUGCUGCUGAAUUGAAGAAAGUGUGCAAACCGGGAGACUUUACCACGAGAGUGCCCUUCGACCCCUCAUUCGGUGGCAACAGAUUCGAUAGCAGUUUUUACACUGGUGUCAAGCAAGGCAAGGGAAUUAUCAAAUCUGAUGCUGUUUUGAGUCAAAACACGGCUCUGAUGGACAGGUACUCCGCAGCUCCCAUCAUGCCUUUCUUCUGGGACUUUGCUCAGGCCAUGGAGAAAAUGAGCAAAAUGGGUGUCUUGACGGGCACACAGGGAGAAAUCAGGCUCAAGUGCAAUGUUGUGAAUCCUAAAACUGCCCCGCCACCCCCUGCUCCAAUCACUGCACCACCACCUCCUGCUCCUGCUCCACCUACAGCAAUCCCUCCACCUUCGACACCACCUCCAUCUGCAGCAACCCCUCCCCCAGCAGUUCCAGUCACUCCUCCAGCUUCGAUUCCUCCCCCACCUUCACUGACCCCUCCUCCAGCCACAGUUCCUCCCCCAGCUUCACUGACCCCUCCUCCAGCUUCAGUUCCUCCCCCGUCUCCAGCAACCCGUCCUCCACCCCCACCAGUUACAGUCACCCCUCCAGCUUCAGUUCCUCCUCCGUCUCCAGCAACCCGUCCUCCACCCCCACCAGUUACAGUCACCCCUCCAGCUUCAGUUCCUCCUCCGUCUCCAGCAACCCGUCCUCCACCCCCACCAGUUACAGUCACCCCUCCAGCUUCAGUUCCUCCUCCAGCUUCACUGACCCCUCCUCCAGCUUCAGUUCCUCCCCCAGCUUCACUGACCCCUCCUCCAGCUUCAGUUCCUCCCCCGUCUUCAGCAACCCGUCCUCCACCCCCGCCAGUUACAGUCACCCCUCCAGCUUCACCACCCCCAGCAGUUCCAGUCACCCCUCCAGCUUCAAUUCCUCCUCCACCUUCAACACCUCCUCCAUCUUCACUAACCCCUCCUCCAGCUUCACCACCCCCAGCAUCUCCACCUUCAACAGCUCCUGCAGCUUAAGAUCGAGUCUCAUCUCCUGUUCCAAAUUCUACUAACUGCACAACCUCGCCACCACCACCUCGUCCUCCUCCGAUAUUGACAUUUAUCCUCCACCAAAUUCUCAGAAGUUUAUUAGGAACUCCACGACCUCAACUCGGCAACUGACCUACAGAGGUUUGUAGUUUAUUCAACUGCUCAUGUUUCAUAAGCUGUGACCCGAGUUCAAAGUAGUAGCUCCGGUAGCUUUCGAUUCAUUCAACAUCACUGGAUUCAUAGUUAAAAGUAGAAAUCAUUCAUUCGAUUGACUCUCUAUCCGCAAUUGUGGAAGGAAUAAUGACUCGAUCAAAGUCCUAGGUUCAAAGAUAAUAUGAGUUGAAGAUAUGUCUCUGCUUCGUAUUCUGAUGCCUCUUUUGGCUCACUGGCUUACUGGCUUACUGGCUUGUAGAUGGAGAACUGAAGAUGGUCCACUUACAUCUCCCAGGACGAACUUUCAGUGAUUGGUGUGCCAUUUUACUGAUAAUUGUCAUCAUCUCCCAGGACAAAGUCACAGUCAUUUAUUAUGACGUUUUUGCUUAGUCAUUAACUGUGUUCUACCUAUUCUUUUUAGAGUAAAAAAAUAAAUACUUUGGUAUCAUAUUCAUCAGGAAGCUUCUUUGUUAUUCUUCCUGGGACAUGAUCUAUAUGGAUGUAUCGAAACCUUUGAGAUAAUCAUGCGCAUACGU